GUGAACAAUUCCCGCUGGGAGGCUGAGGACAUUUUGCGUGAUGCGAGCGAACGUCUGACAAUGCUGAAUUCUCGAAUCCAGCAUGUGCAAAACCUCACUGACCAAACCAUUGAGGAUGCUAGACGGGCGAAGGAGCUGUACAAAAACCUGACAUUGGAACGCUACGAGGAGCUGAGCAACCAGAUUCGCGGUCUGAGUCACACGGCUGAUCUGGCCGAGGCUAUUCGACUGGGCAAGCAAUUGCAGGACCUGUCGGCUCGCUUGCAUUAUGACGUCCAGCGCAUAUUUGCGGAGACGGCAGAAGAUCGAAAUCAAGCCAACCAGUUGGUGGAGCGGGCUCAAAGGAUCAGGUAUGCUUUCGCAAAACGUUGUUCCCUUUUGAGCGCUUCCCGGUAG